AUGCUGGAGACCUGCCAGCACCUUACAGCUAUAGGCUACAAAUGGGAAGAGCAUAAAAUUGAAAAACAUUAUCAAAGUUCUAGAAGAUAUGGAAGAAAGAAAAGAAUACAUAUUUAUGAGAAACCCUAUGAAUGUAAACAGUGUGGCAAAGCCUUUUCACAAGCCAGUAGUCUCCAUCUGCAUAAAAGAACACAUACUGGAGAGAAACCCUACGAAUGUAAUCAGUGUGGGAAAGCCUUUUCACACCUCAGUAGUCUCCAACUACAUAAAAGAACACAUACUGGAGAGAAACCCUACAAAUGUAAUCAGUGUGGGAAAGCCUUUUCACAGCCCAGUAGUCUCCAACUGCAUAAAAGAACACAUACUGGAGAGAAACCCUACGAAUGUAAUCAGUGUGGGAAAGGCUUUUCACAAUAUGGAAAUCUCCAGAUGCAUAGAAGAACACAUACUGGAGAGAAACCCUAUAAAUGUAAUCAGUGUGGGAAAGCCUUUUCACACCUCAGUAGUCUCCAACUACAUAAAAGAACACAUACUGGAGAGAAACCCUACGAAUGUAAUCAGUGUGGGAAAGCCUUUUCACAACCCAGUAGUCUCCAACUGCAUAAAAGAAUACAUACUGGAGAGAAACCCUAUGAAUGUAAUGAAUGUGGUAAAGCCUUUGCACAUUGUAACAGUCUCCAGAGGCAUAAAAGACUUCAUACUGGAGUGAAACCCUAUGCAUGUAUUCAUUGUGGUAAAGCCUUUUCACAAAUUGGUGGUCUACAAAAGCAUGAAAGAAUACAUACUGGAGCCAAACCCUACGAAUGUAAUCAGUGUGGGAAAGUCUUUUCUCAACACGGACAUCUCCAAGAACAUAAAAGAAUACAUACUGGAGAGAAACCCCAUGAAUGUAAUCAAUGCGGUAAAGCCUUUGCACAUUGGUGCAACCUCCAGAGACAUGAAAGGAUUCAUACUGGAGCCAAACCCUACGAAUGUAAUCAGUGUGGGAAAGUCUUUUCUCAACACGGACAUCUCCAAGAACAUAAAAGAAUACAUACUGGAGAGAAACCCCAUGAAUGUAAUCAAUGCGGUAAAGCCUUUGCACAUUGGUGCAACCUCCAGAGACAUGAAAGGAUUCAUACUGGAGCCAAACCCUAUGAAUGUAAUCAGUGUGGGAAAGCCUUUUCACAGCAUGGACAUCUCCAAACGCAUAAAAGAACACACAGUGGAGAGAAACCCUAUGAAUGUAAUCAAUGUGGUAAAGCCUUUGCACGUUGUAGCAAUCUCCAGAGGCAUGAAAGAGUUCACACUGGAGUGAAACCUUAUGCAUGUAUUCAUUGUGGUAAAGCCUUUGCAUUUUGCUGCUACCUCCAGAGGCAUGAAAGGAUUCAUACUGGAGAGAAACCCUAUGACUGUUUUCAAUGUGGUAAAGCCUUUUCAAACCACAGUACUCUCCAGGUGCAUAAAAGAACACAUAUUGGAGAGAAACCCUAUUAA